UCGACGGGGAGAGAUCGCCUUGCAAUGGAGGCGGACUCCGUCAAUACCCUUUCGAAUCUUGCGUGCGGGCGGUCGAAGCGUCCCGAAUCGUGGAGCGGCGACCUACUUAUCCCAUGGGCCCGGCACCUUGAACAGAGAAUAUCAGAUCUGCGUUCCCUGAGACGCCGAGAGAGCCCAUCUAUAUCUUGUCUUGUGGGAAUCAUGUCCCGUGACACCGGCAACGCAUUAACGGGCUGGAUGAUAUUGUUCAGGUCAUAGACGGCAUCUCGGUGGUCACCUGGUUCCCGAAAUCUUUGUUUCACAUCAACAAUGAAGAGCCUCCUGAGGUGGUCGCUCGUCCUGCUGCCGUGGGCAGCCGGAACAGUCCUCGCCCAGAACAGUACCAAUUCCUCCAUCUCCCCGCUGGAACUCGUGUCCCAGGUUCCGCAAUGUGCUGUUUCUUGCGUCACAAGAUCGUUCCUCACCUCGGGCUGCAGCCUCGACGCACUCGCCCCUUGUGUUUGCACCAACGUCUCGCUCCUGAAGGAAUUGUCUGGAUGUGUGCAAUCAUCCUGCAAGUGGCAGGAUCAACUUGAGUUGUCGUACUUGACGGAUGAUUUGUGCGGCCCCUACCCACACCCAUCCAGAGACUUCGAGAUCAAGGUGGUGGUGGCAGUAUUGGCUGUGAUCACCUUCCCUAUCGUGCUUCUGAGACUGCUCUCGCGAUGGAUCGUGGCGAGUGGCCUGCAACUGGACGACUGGAUGACGCUCGUGGCAGCGGCCCUUCUAGGCGCAACUCUUGGGUGUGUUGUUACGACUGCCAACCUCGGAUUUGGUCUUCAUUACUGGAACGUCAAUGCAGCAAAUGCCCAGCUUAUUCUUCAACUAUACUUCGCGGUGCAGAUGCUGUACAUCGCCGUACUCGUGCUGGCGAAGCUAUCGAUCGUGGCCCUUUUCGCCCGUCUCUUCCCCGACCGCAAGUUCCAGAUCGUCAACAAGCUCGUCAUGGUUUUCCUCAUCGGCCACGGAGUGGUCUUUCUCUUUGUCAUCGGGUUCGAAUGCACGCCCAUCUCCGGGAUCUGGGACCGCACCAUCCCGCGCAAGUGCGUCAACCUCAACGCGGUGGCUGUGGCCAGCUCGGUCCUCAGCAUUGUGGAGGAUAUUGCCAUCCUUGCGAUGCCCAUUCAGCAGCUCAGCAAGUUGCAGCUUGGGCUCAAGAAGAAGAUUGCGGUCGGCUUCAUGCUCAGCCUGGGAUCUUUCGCGUGUAUUACUUCCAUCGUUCGUCUGCGCUGGCUUAUGAUGUUUGUCGAGUCGUAUGACACCACAUGGGACAACGUCGACAUAGUGACGUGGAGCAUGGCUGAGAUUUCGUGCGCUCUGAUGUGCGGCAGUCUACCAGCACUCCGUCCUCUCUUCAAGAAGAUCCCGGGUCUUCUCACCACCAUACGCAGCACGCAUCAUACUGCCGAGCGCAAGGAGACGGUCGACAGGGGCAGCAGUCUUUUGUAUCUCCGUGACAAGGACCUUGCAUCAAUGCCACCGACUCCUGCACCGGAGCCUUCGCCGACGGAAUCCGAGGGCUCAUUCAUGAUCAAAAUACACAUUGCCGAGCAGCUCGAUCCCAGGAUGAAACCCCUACCGCCACCACCACUGCAGCCGCUUACCUAUCAGCCGCCGUGGAGAGACAGUGGCCUACCACUAACCCCCAAAACGCCCAAGACGCCCAAGACGCCUUCAACACCUAUGAGUUCCCGGAGUUUCAGGAGAGAGGCCAACGCAGACUACGAGUUGGACCUGAGAAGUGUUGUGAACACAAAGACGUGGAUGUAGAGGAGUAACGGCAACGCGAGACACAAUACCCCAUCACAAAAAAUGUGAUUUGAUGAUGUUUAUACCCCAUUUGAUUUGGAUUGACGACUUGUUGGGCACCAGAGCAACGGUUCGCUCCGGGGGGCCAGAGUCCAGGGAUUUGGUUGCGCAGGGAAGGGGGGCCAAGACAACCGAGGCUGAAAACCCCGAGACAACUACAUGUAAUAUGUAAGAUUGAAAUACGUCAAUGUAAUCAAAGCAUUGUAAACCCCCGAGCUUUGCCA